AUGGGAGCCUGUUGCAGUUGCCUUUCUAGAGGUGACCAAGACAGCACGUACCCGCCGCUUUUGGCCGAGAACGAACGCGAAGCCAUCACUUCUUUAUUGCAAUACUUAGAGAACAGGUCAGACGUUGACUUCUUCUCCAACGGUCCGUUACGUGCGCUGAGCACUUUGGUAUAUUCCGAUAAUGUUGAUCUUCAAAGAAGUGCAGCGUUGGCAUUUGCAGAGAUUACGGAAAACUACACAGAGCCAGUCUCAAGGGAUGUGCUUGAGCCAAUCCUCAUACUGCUACAGAGCUCUGACCAGGAGGUCCAGAGAGCUGCGUGCGCGGCACUUGGAAACAUGGCAGUUAACGAUGUAAACAAGGUGCUGAUAGUAGAAAUGGGUGGAUUAGAGCCGCUAAUCAGACAGAUGAUGUCUUCGAACAUCGAAGUUCAGUGCAAUGCCGUCGGGUGCAUCACAAAUUUGGCCACACAGGAUAGAAACAAGAUCAAAAUCGCCACCAGUGGUGCACUAAUUCCACUCACCAAGCUCGCCAAGUCGCCUGACCUCAGGGUUCAGAGAAACGCCACAGGCGCGCUGUUGAACAUGACACAUUCAUUGGCCAACAGACAGGAACUGGUCAACGCCGGUUCCGUGCCUGUAUUGGUGCAAUUGCUAUCUAGCCAGGACGCGGAUGUCCAGUACUACUGUACCACUGCGCUAUCCAACAUUGCUGUGGAUGAAACCAACAGAAAGAAGUUGGCUACCACCGAGCCCAAGCUUGUCUCGCAAUUAGUCCAGUUGAUGGACUCCACAAGCCCACGCGUACAAUGCCAAGCAACCCUGGCGUUGAGGAAUUUGGCAUCAGACGCAAACUACCAGUUGGAGAUAGUGAGAGCUGGAGGUUUGCCGAACCUGGUCACGCUGUUGCAAUCCACACAUCAGCCUUUGGUGCUGGCUGCCGUUGCGUGUAUCAGAAACAUCUCUAUACAUCCUUUGAACGAGGCGUUGAUAAUCGACGCUGGGUUCCUGAAGCCACUGGUUUCGCUCGUCGACUAUCCUGAUUCCGUGGAGAUCCAGUGCCACACCGUGUCUACUCUGAGGAACUUGGCAGCAAGCAGCGAGAGAAACAGACUGGCAUUGCUAGAGGCAGGUGCUGUGAAGAAGUGCAAAGACUUGGUGCUAAAGGCGCCAAUUUCGGUCCAGAGCGAGAUCAGUGCCUGUUUCGCCAUACUCGCUUUGGCAGACGAUCUCAAACUGAAACUUCUGGAUCUGGGCCUCAUUGAUGUGCUGAUACCAUUGACAUUCAGCGAGAAUGGCGAGGUUUGUGGCAACGCAGCCGCAGCACUGGCUAACCUGUGUUCCAGGAUAUCUGAUUAUUCAAAGAUCAAGUCCAACUUGCAGGGGAUAUCGAGCUUUAUCACCAGGUUCUUGGAGAGCGGGAACUCCACCUUCGAGCACAUUGCAGUGUGGACCAUGUUGCAAUUACUUGAAAGCGACGACGAGAUGUUGAGUUCAAGUGUGAAACAGCUUAUCCAAUCUGGGAAAUUUAACCUCAACGACCUGACGAACGACGAUUUCAACAGCGGUGACGAGAUAUCGCAUUUGAUCCAGCAGAUUCUGGAGUUGAUAAAAUGA